GCACGGGGUUUCUACCGAGUUUCCUCUUUUUUUUUUUUUUUUUUUUUUCCUCCCCUCCCUCGGUCCCUGGGACUCAGCGGCGGGUCUGCGUUUGUCUCCGGAUUUGAAUCCUCCUCCUUCUCCUCCUUCCUCGGGGAAGCUCCCCUCCCCGCCCCCUCCCUCUCCCCACCGCCUCCCUGCCCGCCCGGAUCCAGCCGGGCGCCCCGUGCCGCGGUCGCGUUGCUCGGCGGAGCUGCUGCGGGCGCUCGCCGUCUCUGCGCGGGCUUGGAAUAUGGUUGGGGAAAUGGAAACCAAGGAGAAGCCGAAGCCGAGCCCCGAUUACCUGAUGCAGCUGAUGAACGACAAGAAGCUGAUGAGCAGCCUCCCCAACUUCUGCGGGAUCUUCAACCACCUCGAGAGGCUGCUGGACGAAGAAAUUAGCAGAGUACGGAAAGACAUGUAUAACGACACAUUAAAUGGUAGUACGGAGAAGAGAAGUGCAGAAUUACCAGAUGCUGUGGGACCUAUUGUACAGUUACAAGAGAAACUAUAUGUGCCUGUAAAAGAAUAUCCAGAUUUUAACUUUGUUGGAAGAAUCCUUGGGCCCAGAGGACUAACAGCUAAACAGCUUGAGGCAGAAACAGGAUGCAAGAUAAUGGUCCGAGGGAAGGGCUCAAUGAGGGACAAGAAGAAGGUCUCCUUUAACAGCAGAGACAGCCAUGAUCCAGCAGUUUUGGAGGUAGAGGAAGAACAGAACCGAGGCAAGCCCAACUGGGAACACCUGAAUGAAGAUUUACAUGUACUUAUCACUGUGGAGGAUGCUCAGAACAGAGCAGAAAUAAAACUGAAGAGGGCUGUUGAAGAAGUAAAAAAGUUACUGAUACCUGCAGCAGAAGGAGAAGACAGCCUUAAAAAGAUGCAGCUGAUGGAGCUUGCAAUUCUGAAUGGCACCUACAGAGAUGCCAACAUCAAAUCACCAGCCCUUGCCUUUUCUCUUGCAGCAACAGCCCAGGCUCCAAGGAUUAUUACUGGGCCUGCGCCUGUUCUCCCACCAGCUGCCCUGCGUACCCCUACGCCAGCUGGCCCUACCAUAAUGCCUUUGAUCAGACAAAUACAAACCGCUGUCAUGCCAAACGGAACUCCUCAUCCCACUGCUGCAAUAGUUCCACCUGGACCCGAAGCCGGUUUAAUUUACACACCAUAUGAAUACCCCUACACGCUGGCACCAGCUACAUCAAUCCUUGAGUAUCCUAUUGAACCUAGUGGUGUAUUAGGUGCGGUGGCUACUAAAGUUCGAAGGCACGAUAUGCGUGUCCAUCCUUACCAAAGGAUUGUGACCGCAGACCGAGCCGCCACCGGCAACUAACCUAUGACCUUCUGACCUCUGAACUCUUCACCCAAUGAUGACCUGACCAUGCCUGCCUGCUGAUCAGUUAACUGGUAAACGCCUUUGCUUGCCUGUCUUCAGUGCAGCGAGCUGGGGCACUUGUCCGUUCGUCUUACCAUCUAACAAAACAGACAAAGAAAUUGUUGUCCUCCAACUCCGCUUUUUGUUGUUCUCCUGUUUGGGUGAAAGUGGUUCUAGAACCUGCACUGAAUAGUAGUAAAGCAAUAAGGUCCAACUCAUCCCUCCGCACUGAUCAUCCUCUAGUGUCCCGCCCCAAGCGAACGGUAAGGAGGCCUCGCACGAGAUGGAGACAGAUGUCCCUUAACUACCCGAUGACAGAGGCAGUUACUGUGAGAGACUUUUAGGAAUAUUUUUCUUCUCAGAAAAAAAAAAAAAAAAAAAAAAAGUCAAAGCUCUCUCUGAAUGUACUGUGUGAUGAUGCAUCAUGCAUGAACCUUUGGUCAGGGAUGUCAUUGGGGAAGGGAUUCUAAAAAGUAUUCAAAAUUUGAUGCGCCGUUUAGUCACUACCAGUGCCCUCAAAGGGCAGAUGUUGCAGCCUUUUUUCUAUUGCCUGCCAAAUUGGACGUUUUAAAGGAAAGUGUGCCAUGAAAUGCAGAUUAUGAUGACUUUUCAGAACUACAUUAAUGCAGAGGACAAAACAGCAACACUAUUAAAGUGAAAUACGAGUUUAAAUUGUUUUAACCAUAUUUUAAUCUCCUUGGAAGAUUACAUGAGAACAAGGUACAUGCAUUAUGUGUCACAUUACUGGGCAAACUGUUCAAAUAUUUUUUUUAAACCUCCCUGUAUAGAAAAAAUUUCAUUAAGGAUGUAAAAGCCAUGCUUGCCUAUUUGCUGUAUACAUGUAAUGAAAUUGUAGAUAAAGUGUAGUGCAUUGAAACAAAAUGAACAAAAAAGUAGAUACUUUUACUAUACAAGGGUGCUGGUGCAGAAAAAAAAAAUAUAUUUUUGGAAAUGUAGCAUUUUAUACUUUCAAGUGUUAUAAAAAAAGAAAAAAAGAACAAAGAAACCCUUUAUUUCAUUAAAUGAUUUUUUCUGGUGGUUGUCAAGAAACAAAAGACCAAAAGAGCCUUUUAGUCUUUCUUUUUUAUUUUUUAAGUAUUGGAAUAAGUCUAAAGAAAAGGAAGUGCCUUAUUUUCUUCAUGGUCAUUUAGUCAAAUGUCUUGUAUAAUCAGCUUCUCCCUCAGACAAGUUACUGCAUGCCACUCAGACGCCCAGUAUGUGAAAGAAGCUGUGAGGGAAGACAAAUGAUGAGUUGACCAUAUUAAUUACCUGAUUUUUGCCAUACUAGUGUGAUGUGACUUUGCCAAAAUCUCAUUAUGUGAAAUAUUUGCUAAGUUUUUUGUCAAACCGGCCCAUUAUUAUUUCAGCCACUCUACUUUUUAAAUCAUAGCAAAUGCCAUACUUGUGCAACGUAAACCAAAGGGUUCUGUGAUACAGACUGUCUCAUGCUAAAGGAGAUUAUUAGCUGACAAAUGUUUGUAGAGCUGGAAGUAUGUCAUUUUUGUUCAGGGAUGGAGAGGAGUUUUCUUGAUUUUGGUUGAAAUAAAUAUACAUCGACUAUAGUAGGCUUCGGCAUCACCCAGAAAACGGAUGUUCUGUGAAUAAUGAAACUGAAAGUGCUUGGCUAGUUUUCAGUUAGCUACUGAACGUGUCCCCAGUUUUCACAAACAGCUCCUGCAGUGGCAAACAGCAUGGAAGUUAUUUAUUUUUCAGCUUGUCUUUGACUAUUGUUAGAUCUUCCCUGUUGGCUUUUCUUCAAAAGAUAAGCAGGAGAGGGACAUCAGCUAGUUGUUUGAAGUCCAGCUAAACUUUAUUUUUAACCUUUGUUUCCACAUGAAUUUCAAAUAGCUGGGCAAUUGCAAGAGCUGAAGCUGUUGAACGCACAGUAUUUAAUUCUGAAAACAUUAAGUAUUACUUUGUGGGGCUCAGUACUAAACUUGGCAAAUAUCAGGUGAUAAUUUUAGUCCCCUCCUGUCAACUUAUUCUCCUCCUGCAAAUCUUCACAGCUUCCAAAUGAAAGGUCAAUAGUAAGCUAAGAGGGCUUACAUUUUUAAGCACCUGCAUGGUGACCUCAUCUAACAUCUUGUCUCACCUGGAAAUAAUUAUCAGUUUAUUUACUAUGCAAUAGACAUUCAUCCUUUCGUAUUCAGCUAGAUUUUUGUUUAUUGUGCCACCGGCUUUGUCUUCCUGUUACACAUACAGUUGUGUUGAUUUUAUUUACAGUAUAUGCUGUGCCAUUUUGAUUUUAUUUUGGUUGGUUGGUUGAAUAAACUUGCGACACUCGAACAUUUGAAGAGAGAUUUGCUAAAACUAUACCAGUAUUUGAUCCAGUUUCAUCUCAACUGUGAUAAAACCUGGACAUUUUAGACAUUUAUCAAAGGUCUUUUACUGGGGGGGAGGGGAAGUGUAUGAAAUAGAUGUGUGACAUGUGAAAGUAAUGUUUGCUCUGAACAAACUUCUGAAAACUUAGUUGACAAAAUUUUGGAUCAACUUAAAAAAAAAGCAUGACUUUUGAAAUCUCUGAAUGCCUUGGUUCUCAGUAUUAUCAUUCUUUAAUGACUUUUUCUUUAUUAAAAUAAGUAGUUUUAAGACUUCUUUCUGACAGUAUUAUGUAAUUUUUUUAGAGUGGGUAGAUGGGAGUGUCGCUUGUAUGUAACCGUACAGAUGACAUGUAUUUGUCUAUUCUUUAUUAUCUUAGUAGUUUCAUGCUAUGUAUGUACCAUAACCAACCUAUUGCCUAUGAGAAACAUGUAAGAUAAUGUAUUUACAGCCAUUGUUACAAGUUUAUAAUGUAUUUUUCUAUCUUGUUUUAUAUGUAUGUUAUAUAACAUUCAAAAGAAUUUUUUUCCUGAUUGAGAAAAAAGGAUACAAAAUGCAAAACCCACAAUUUUGAUAACUGAAAAAUUGCCAAUUGUUUUGCAGUACUUUAUUAUAUUGGGAGUGUUGUCUUUCUUGGGCUUUUAGUUAGCUACUGGAUGAAUACAUUAGACAUAUUUGGGUUUUAGUUGGGUUUUUACAUAGCUUGCAUUUUAAUUCUUUGGUUCUUUGCUGUUUCUAUUAACCCAUAGCAUUAUUUUAAUAAAUGUUAUAAUACCAACCUACUAACUCUGGACUAUGUCUGUUUAUUAACCAUUACAUGUGUAAUUAAGAUAAACAAGUAAAGACGGAAGAAUGUAAAGUCUUGAGUUACUGAACUAACCCUGAAGAACGUGACCACAGAUAACACAACGUGACUUGUUUUUAUGUUGUUUGUCAGCUGACAUUCUGCACACUACUGUUAAGUUGGCUUUGGUCAUUCUGGCCUCUUACCUUGGGGAAUAGGUGCCAGUAGAAAUGGGAACAAAGUAGCAUUUUUUGAGACAUUCUUGUAGAGUCUUGCCACUUUGCCUUUCAGCAUCUGCAUUACUAAUUCCACACUUUCUUUUUCUUUCUCUAAAAUAAUUACUGUCGGCUCACAGCAAAAGAGCAAAGAUGCCAGUACAUUGGUAAAUCAUGACUGUGUACAGAAACCAGUUUGAUUCUUUGUUGAACCAUUCAGAGGUUGCAGUUAAUCUCACAGUAAUUCGUGAUUUGUUUGUUUUGGCACCUGAUUCACUGUUGCACCAUGUGAUGUUUCUAAGCACAAAAUACUUCUGGAUAGAACUGUUCUACAUUGAAAUACAAAAUCUGGGGGUUUUCCUUGCCAAAAGUGCCUUAUUUUCUUCAUGCCACACUAUUUUCACGUAACUUUUUUUUUUUUUUAUUUGCAUUUCUGCUAUAGUCUGUCAGUAUUGCCUAGCUCAGGGGAGAACAAUAUGUAAGCCAAAGGUCAAACUGGAUCUUUUCCUAGUGACUGCAGAAAGUACAAAAAUACACCUUUCAUCAAAUUACCAAGCAACAGCCAUUUCAAAUUCCAGGGCUGCCUUUAUGUGAUCUUCAUCCCUGUGGAUGACUUUAGCAAAAUGAAUGCAGGGAAUUUAAAUGGUGGAAAUGCUGUUUUGAAUGUACAUCUAUGCAAAUAUUUUUACGGAAACAUUUCCCUUUCUUAGAACUUAAGCUGUCUGAAGCUCCUUUACAUUUCCCAGGUAGUUCUCCUAGAUUUGUAAUCUUAAAUUGAGAUUAAUUACACCUAAUGUCAAGGGAGAUCCUCACUGUAGAUAACUUUUCCGAUGUCAACAGUGUUUGUGAAAUCCGAGUUUUUUUCCUGUAGAUGGUAAAAAUUCAGAUGAGGAGGCUGAAUCCGUUCAAAUGCCUCCUUUAAUUUAUGAUGUUUCAAACUAUUUAUCUUGAAAUCCAUACAGUAUAAAACUUGAGUGUUAAAGAGUUCUCACAGUAUUGUUAGUAAUUAAAAUAGAAUGCAUCUUUAUUUUAUAGUGAAGAAUAGUCUAGCUUUGAUAGUGUUUGUUUUCUAAUGGCAUGUAGUUCUUUGUUUUACAAAAAUGUUAGGUACAGCUGAAAUAUCAAUGCAUUUUGAAUAGUUUCACUUGUACAGAUUAUUAAUUUAACAGUUGAUAUCCUAAAAAUCAGCCACAGGCAAGUGAUAAAAAAAUUAAGACAUUUACAACAGAUUAUACCAAACCUUUUGACUGGAUAAUGGCACAAGUGUCAUUACAGAGCCAAUAAUUUAUAUUCCUAAAGUAUUUUAUCAGAGGCACACAUUUAAGCUUGGUGAAGUUCUCUCUCCAUUUUAGGUGAAACUAUUCAGAUGGAACAAAAGUUUAGUAUUUUAUAUUGAAGAAUACUUCUAUUCCCAGGACUACUGCUGUCCUGUAGUAUUUUUAUUAUUUUGUAUUUUUAUCAGUAGAUAUUAACUACUGUCAUACUUUGUUCACAGUGCAUUUUCAUCUCAUUUUUCAGUAUAUGCAAUAGUGAAAGUUGUUGUAAGCUUUAUAAUACUUUAAAGCUGAAGGACAGCAAAAAAAGGGAAAAACUCUAAAAUCAAAAUAUACAUUGUUGUCCACCAAAGGCAUUUCUUAAUUUACCGAAGUGCCUGUCUGAAAAUUUAACUGGUUUAUACUUUGCCUGCUUAUAGGAAAGAAGCAAAGUGGGUUUAGAACUGAAUUUAAGGAUGACUUCAAUAUUGCUAAAUAACUGAAGUUAGGUUCGUAUUAUUCUGAGGUUAAAUUGUCUUCUCAAGACAACAAAUUUGGUUUCUCCGAGAGUAUUUUUGUGCAUGUCAUCAAUUCAAGAUAUAUUUCAUAAAGAGUCUUCAAGGAUUUUUAUUAAAGGUAUUUUUAAUGAGCAUAUGUUCAGUGUAUACUGACAAUACUGAUCUUUUAUUUGAACAUAUCUUUUAAAAGUAUGUCAAAGAUCUACCAUAAAGAAUGGUUUAUUGCCAGAUUGUACUCUAGGAGUGGGACCACUAAAAGGUUUUCUGCCCUGAAAAUACAGGGAAAAAUUGAAGUGUGUUGCCAUCCAUUAAGAAAUUACUUUAACUUGAGGGAAACAUGCCUAUGAGUAUAUAAAACUGAAUUCUUUGUGUCUGGGUAAAAAAAGUUAUCAUAAAUAGCACAUUGUACAGAAUGGAAUCUGAGUAACACAUUCCUAGGGCUGGAAGUAUAUAAUUGUUACUGGAAUUUCUAUUUUCUUUUAAUGUAUUUGAUAUAUUUUUCUAAAACACUUUUAACGGAAUACUUGUCCAAAUAACACGUGAACCGUAACAUUAACACGUGAUAAUCAAUGCUGAAUCAAACUGGUUAACGAAAGUACAGUGCUCUUCCUUCUCUGUGCCUGUGCACUAAUUGCAGGUGGUAUGGUUCUGCAUAGGGGCUAGGGGUCAGGCACAGCAGGCUGUACUGCUAAUUUCUUAGUGCCUGCAGUUCGGGUGUCUGUCUUCGACAACAGAAUAACCAGGGGGGAAUCUGCCUCCCGAGGCAAAGAUUAACUGAGAUUUGAAACUCUUAGAAGAAUUAGCGGCAACAAUAAAAUGACAUAUACGCAUAUAUGCUUUGACUUGUAUUAUGGCAGUUUGUGUGAAACAUUUAAGGUUUUGUUUGUGCAAAAUAAUGUAUUCUGAGGGGGAAAAGCAAACGUGGACAUUGCCAAAAGAUGUGUAAAUAAAACACCAUUUAUGACUGUACAUUAUGUGCAAUAAAGUAACUGGAAAAAGUGCA